AUGUCUUUUGGCUAUAAAAGUCAGAACAGGGACCAGCAGCGAAAAAAUACGAGUUCGUCGUUCGCCGGGAAAAUGCAAAAGCGUUGGGACAGCAACUCGUUAGUAUUCGGAGUGAUGAAAGUUCAAGUUAUCCUCUGGCUCCGCUGGCACCGUUGGCUACCCCUGCUAUUUUUCGUAGUCGUCGCUGUCAGUGCGGCGGAGCCACGUGUCACUGGCAGCUGGCGAAGCGAGUAUUCCCUAGAGGAUCCGGAACCGAACUCGAAAACACCGUGGGGCAAUCAGUUGCCGGAUAUGCUAGUCGCUUACUAUCGCCACCACGGCGUUCACAGUCUGAUGCUGGUCGUUUGUCACACGGACAUUGCGGAUGCCCGUCUUUGGACGCUGUGGCAGCACUUCAACCUCAAUGAUUUCUAUGUGCAGGUCAGUACGGAGCCAUCGUUGAGGGACCUGCAAUAUGUCGAUGUCCUGGACGAACAGAUGGAUGCUCCACCGCCCCAAACUUUCCAUGCCAACAACUCCACCCACUGGGCCACAUCGUUUAUACUUCCCAAGUCAUCGUACAAAUUGGGUAUCCUUCUGCUAGAAUUCCGCAGCGAGUGUGCCUUGAAUUUGCUCCGAUGGUCAGCGGCAUCGGAGCACAAUUACUUUACCACCAACCGUUUUUGGUUGCUGCUCACUGAGGACAAGGAAGACAUCGAUUUACUGGAGGAUCCAGAGAUAUUCAUUCCUCCAGAUAGCGAGUUGAGGGUUCUCCAUUAUGAGGGAUUGGAUAGCAACUUUUCAUCGAGCCUGAUAGAUCUAUAUAAGGUGGCUGCCUGGAAGCCCCUGAAGAGAACAUUGGUGGGAAGAAACAUUCGAAAUAGAAGGCAUAUUAUCCAUGCCCUGCAGCACUUUGGUUCGGCAAUUACUUAUAGACAAAAUCUGGAGGGGAUUGUUUUCAAUACGGCCAUAGUUAUAGCGUUUCCUGAUGUCUUUACCAACAUUGAGGACUUGUCGCUCCGACAUAUUGAUACCAUAUCCAAGGUUAAUCAUCGCUUGAUGCUGGAACUGGCCAAUAGAUUGAAUAUGAGCUACAAUACUUAUCAAACCGUCAACUAUGGUUGGCGUCAGCCAAAUGGUUCCUUCGAUGGCUUGAUGGGUCGCUUCCAGCGCUACGAACUUGACUUUGCCCAGCUGGCAAUCUUCAUGAGAUUGGAUCGCGUAGCUCUGGUGGAUUUUGUGGCCGAAACAUAUCGCGUGCGAGCUGGGAUUAUGUUCCGACAACCACCGCUAUCAGCGGUGGCCAAUAUAUUUGCCAUGCCCUUCGAGAACGAUGUGUGGAUCUCUAUCCUAAUGCUGCUGAUCAUAACCACGGUUGUUCUGGUCGUAGAACUGCUCUAUUCACCCCACACUCACGAUAUGGCCUACAUGGAUACCUUGAACUUUGUUUGGGGCGCCAUGUGUCAGCAAGGAUUUUAUGUGGAGGUUCGGAAUAGAUCGGCCAGGAUCAUAGUCUUUACCACUUUUGUGUCGGCCCUUUUUCUUUUUACCUCCUUUUCGGCAAAUAUAGUGGCUUUGCUGCAGAGUCCCUCGGAUGCAAUUAGAUCGCUGGCUGAUCUGGGCCAAUCGCCCCUGGAAAUUGGCGUUCAGGAUACCCAGUACAAUAAGAUAUACUUUACCGAGUCCACGGAUCCGGUGACCAAGAAUUUGUAUCACAAGAAAAUUGCCUCCAAGGGUGACAAUGUCUAUAUACGCCCGGUUUUGGGUAUGGAAAGAAUGCGGACUGGUCUUUUUGCAUAUCAAGUGGAACUCCAGGCGGGCUAUCAGAUCGUCAGCGACACAUUUAGUGAGCCGGAAAAGUGUGGACUGAUGGAACUAGAGCCAUUUCAGCUGCCCAUGUUGGCUAUUCCCACCAGGAAAAAUUUUCCUUACAAGGAACUCAUACGAAGGCAAAUACGUUGGCAAAGGGAGGUAAGCCUGGUGAAUCGCGAGGACCGCAAAUGGAUACCCCAGAAGCCCAAAUGCGAGGGCGGAGUGGGUGGCUUUGUCUCCAUUGGCAUCACCGAAUGCCGCUAUGCCUUCGGCAUCUUUGGCUGUGGAGCUGCCGCCAGUUUUGGCCUUUUUCUCUGCGAGUUUAUCUUCAAGCACUUUAAGCUAGUCUAUGGCAUUGUUAAAGGUUAUCGAGAGAUGCAGCGCUAG